AUGGAGUUAUCAACAAGGUAUCUAUUAUUACUUGGGGUUCAAGCAGAAAUUUCUCAAAACAAGGGAUUGGCUGCUGCAAUUCUGUUGGUGUGUGCAGAUGCAAUUGCUCACUUGCUUGGAAGAUGCAUUUGCAUUUGGUCAACACAACAAUACCAAACAGCCACUGCUAACAAGCAAUUAGCUCUAGCCUUUCUCAUAUUCUCAUGGAUCGUAUUAGGAGUUGCAUUCUCGAUGCUCAUCAUAGGCACAUUAGCCAACUCAAGAUCAAGAAAGUCUUGUGGGAUAAAUAAUCGGUUUUUAUCCAUUGGAGGAAUUUUGUGUUUUAUUCAUACAUUGUUCAGUGUUGCCUAUAAUGUUUCUGUCACUGCUUCAAAAAGGGAAGAGAAGAAGCAACAAUACCUAUCAUCUCGCCAAACAUUUCGAUUCAUAGAAAAGAAAUGUACAUGA